CACACGUAGCAUAUGGAAGUUCUAGGGGUCUAAUCAGAACUACAGCUGCUGGCCUACACCACAGCCACAGCAAUGCCAGAUCUGGGCCAAGUCUGUGACCUACAGCACAGCUCACGGCAACACCAGAUCCUUAACCCACUGAGCAAGACCAAGGAUCGAACCCACAUUCUCAUGGAUACUAGUUGGGUUCAUUACCACUGAGCCACAAUGGGAACUCCAUUCUUUUUUUUUUUUUUUAAUGGCUACACCCAUGGCAUAUGGAAAUUCCUCAGGCGAGAGAGUGAAUCUGAGCCGCACCUGCAACCUAUGACGUAGCUGUGGCAAUGCUGGAUCCUUUAAACUACUGCACUGGGGCCAGGAAUUAAGCUUGCACCUCCGCAGGGACUGAGCUGCUGCAGUCAGAUACUUAACCCACUGUGCCACAAAAGAAACUCCUUUUCUUCAAAUGUAUGCUUCUAAUACAAAAAAUUAUAAUUGUGCUGCUCACAAGAUAAUUAUAGAAUUUAUUAAAAUAUAAUAAUUUAUAGUGUUCCACAGUGGCCUAUCAAUAAGAAACAAGCUUUAGGAUUAUGCAAGAAGGACCUGACAUAAUGUAAAACCCAAAUAUGGAGAUGAUGUCAAAAACCUAAAUCAGAGACCCUGGUGAAAUGGUACUCCUGGCCCCUUUCCCCAGUAAUAGGCUGUGCUGCCACCUCUGCACACAGUAGGUGCUCAUUGUUUGCUGAAUGGAACAAAUACAGCUUUCCAAGUUGGUUAUUGAAAACCCACACACAAUAAGUACUCCUGAGAAACAAUGAAGUCCUGAACAAUGGCGCAGGAAGCCACCUCCUCCUCUAGUGACCCCCAACCCUCAGAGUCCAGCUGAAGGUUGCAACAGGAAGCCCCUCACCCCCUGGCUUUCCUCCCCCUCUUCCCCCACCCUCACCCAGGGGCACCAAAUGCAGUCAUGCCUUCCAUCCGAUUGGCUCCUCUUCUCCUCCACCCUCUAGAGGGUCCCAGGUGAAAAAAGAGAAAAGCACUUACUCACAGAAGGAGGCAAGCAGCCAAGCUGGGCUUGGAGAGUCAUCCUGCCCCCAGGCAGGCCUGAGGAAUAAAAGAAACGGACAAAGAAGGACUUAAAGCACUGGAGCAGGGGGGAAGAAAAGGCCUAAGAAGGUUUACAAAGCAAUCUGUCAAGAGAAGGGAUGAAAAGGGAGCCCCCCCUGAGCUCAGGGGCUCAGGCACUCAGCUCACCUUCAGCCCAGUUAGAAACCUGCAAUUACUCAAUCAGAGUCUGAACUGAUUCCCCCUCCUUGUCCCAGAGGUUUCCCUGAGCAUGAGGCCUCGCCUUGCUGGGUUUUUGGCAACCCCAAAUACCUCUGUUCUACUCGGCCGAAUACACCACUUCUCUUGAAUCCAUCGAACGUGCUCAACUUCCAGUUCCCUCUGGAUUUUCAGCAGAAAUACUAUGGAUAAUAAGGUCACCAGCAGAUCCUCAAAGCUCUUGAGCCAUUCUGGCUUCCCAGAUGUUCUGGGCCAGUGAAAAUAUCCACAGGCCUUUCUAAAGGUCUCCCCUGCCACAAAGGCAGGAUGAUUAAUAAAACCAGCUAUCACCUGAGUGCUCACUCUGUGUGGAGCGCUUUAAGUCAUCUUACCUAAUGUUCACCACUGCCUUAGGUAUAUAAUCACCCAAUUUUACAGAAAGGGAAUUGGGCCUGGACAGAUUAAGUGAUUUUCCAAAGGAUAUACAGCCUGGAUUCCAACCCAGGUCUGUCUGACCUGAAUGCCCACACUAGUCCCACUCAGGACACUGCCUCUUGGGGACCAUCUACUGAUUCUACUUUUGUGGUUCCCAUAUCAAUUUUUGAUGGGGUAGGAUGAUAGAAUUCUGUGGUAUCUAAACAAUUCCUUGCUUCACAGUGGGCAGUGAGAAGAGUGGGAGAGUCUGCUUCAUGGCUAGGUGGGAUCCUAGUUUUAGACACUUGAGUAAUUUAACCGUAAAUAACUGGCCACUAGGAACAGGAUAGUCACUAAUAAAAGCAUACCCUAGAGUCACGUUGGAAGAAAAAAAAAUUCAAGUCACUUGGUGGGUGGACAUAUCUUCAAAACAAAAGAAAAUCCCCUUUCCCAGCCCAGGCUGAGAAGUCUCCGGUACAGUUAGAGACAACAGGCUUCUGGGCACGUAGCCAAGGUUCUGGGGAUAUUUAUAACUUGAAGAGGGUGGGAGUCCCUAAUAAGCUGCUAUAUUCUUUUUCCAUCACUUCCCUCUCCAAGGCUACAGCGAGCUCCGAGCUCUUCCCCACGCAGAAUGCCUGCUUUCCCUAGUGCUUGGCUUCCAUUGUCUAAUUUUCUCAUCCUGGCUGGGGAAAGGGAAGGCUGCAAGUCCUUCCGUUCGGAAGAACUCCAGUUGAAUGCAGCUUAGCUGCUGUUGGUGUUUCUUGGCUAGCUGCUGUGGUCUCAAGGAUCUGCCUGUGAGCCUGUGGUUUCUCUGAGCUUCCUGAGAGUCUGAGGUCUCCGGAAUCUGUGCGUCUUUGGGAUUCGCCAACAAUCUCUGGGUUUUGCCUGCACGUCUACCUGCGCGUCUGAGAUAUCCAGGAUCUGCCCGUGAUUCCCAGAAUCUUUCCGACCGUCUGAAGUCUCAGAAAACUGUGCCUGCGGAUUUGGAAUCUGAGGCCUCUCGGAUCUUGGAGCCGGCGACCUAGCGGAUCUUUUGAGGGCCAGGAGCGCUGUCUGCUAGCUGCUUUUCCUGCUCUCUCUCUCUCCUGGGAGGCGAAUCCUUGAGCCCGAGAUGGCAGCCACCCUGCUCAUGGCUGGGUCCCAGGCACCUGUGACAUUUGAAGAUAUGGCCAUGUACCUCACUCGGGAAGAAUGGAGACCUCUGGACCCUACCCAAAGAGACCUUUACAGGGAUGUUAUGCAGGAGAAUUAUGGAAAUGUUGUCUCAUUAGAUUUUGAGAUCAGGAGCGAAAAUGAGGUGAAUCCAAAGCAAGAGAUUAGUGAAGAUGUAGAGUUUGGGACUGUGUCUGAGAGACCUGUCGGUAAUACCGAGGAGAAUCCUGAAAGUGAAGAGGCCUUUGAAAACAGGGACAGAUCAGAAAGACAGUGGGGAGAUUUAACAGCAGAAGAGUGGGUGAACUAUCCCCUCCAACAAGUCACUGAUCUGCUCGUCCACAAGGAAGUCCACACAAGCAUCCGAUAUCAUAUAUGUUCUCAUUGUGGAAAGGCCUUUAGUCAGAUCUCUGACCUGAAUCGACAUCAGAAAACCCACACCGGUGACAGACCCUAUAAGUGUUACGAAUGUGGAAAGGGCUUCAGCCGGAGUUCCCACCUUAUUCAGCAUCAAAGAACACACACUGGCGAGAGGCCCUAUGACUGUAACGAGUGUGGGAAAAGUUUUGGAAGAAGCUCUCACCUCAUUCAGCAUCAGACAAUCCACACUGGAGAAAAGCCCCACAAGUGUAACGAGUGUGGGAAAAGUUUCUGCCGGCUUUCUCACUUAAUCCAGCACCAGAGGACCCACAGUGGGGAAAAACCCUAUGAGUGUGAAGAGUGUGGGAAAAGCUUCAGCCGGAGCUCUCACUUAGCCCAGCACCAGAGGACCCACACGGGUGAGAAGCCUUAUGAAUGUAACGAAUGUGGGCGAGGCUUCAGUGAGAGAUCUGAUCUCAUCAAACACUAUCGUGUCCACACAGGGGAGAGGCCCUACAAGUGCGACGAGUGUGGGAAGAAUUUCAGUCAGAACUCUGACCUUGUGCGCCAUCGCCGAGCCCACACAGGGGAAAAGCCGUAUCACUGCAACGAAUGUGGGGAGAACUUCAGCCGCAUCUCACACUUGGUUCAGCACCAGCGAACCCACACUGGGGAAAAGCCAUAUGAAUGUAAUGCCUGUGGGAAAAGCUUCAGCCGGAGCUCACAUCUCAUCACACACCAGAAGAUUCACACUGGAGAAAAGCCCUAUGAGUGCAACGAGUGUUGGCGGAGCUUUGGUGAAAGGUCGGAUCUCAUUAAACACCAGAGAACCCACACAGGAGAGAAACCCUAUGAGUGUGUGCAGUGUGGAAAAGGUUUCACCCAGAGCUCCAACCUCAUCACACAUCAAAGAGUUCACACGGGAGAGAAGCCUUAUGAAUGUACCGAAUGUGAGAAGAGCUUCAGCCGGAGCUCAGCUCUUAUUAAACACAAGAGAGUUCACACCGACUAAGUCCUGUAAUUAUGACUGAGAAAUGAUUCAUUUGAAGGUACAAUUUUCUUUGAGAACAAAGAGCUCUCUCAAGACUGAGCUGCUUUUACCAUACUGAAUUUCCUUGUCAUGGGCCACAGUUUAAAACAUCAGAGAAGCUAGGCCUGCUUGAAAUUCUGACCCAUGGCUUUGGGAAUGUUAUUCCUUCCUCCAAAAUAGUGAUUUUUAUCCACUCAAUGAAUUAUUUCAUCAAAAUCAGCCCCACAAGUAACUGGAAAUCUGAAGACCAGGUGAUAAAUGCUGGUAAAUACUCAGGCCUGGAAAUGGAGUAAAUCUUUAAAAGUAAUUUCUCCCAUCCUUGGCCCAAAGAACUAUGCUAGGGGGAAUAUUGGACGGGUGGUCACAGCUGCUUUGGAGAAAGACAGCCAGAGACCUUGCCUGAAUUGCCACACCUGUUCACCCACCAUAGUAGCUGGGCACACACAUCUUUCCCUUCAAAGGGCUUUCUCCUUGAGUUGCUCAUGCAUUCAUAUCUUUCUGUCUUCCCAAGAGCAGGAUUCUGCACGACGAAGGCAAUGAUCAUAACUUUCCUCCUCACUGCUUCUAAUUAACUUUUUUAAAGCUUUCAUCUUUAUGAAAGCGAAUCAAAGCUACAGAUUGAAAAGAAAAGUGAGACACAAGUUUGGGGACCAAGGACUCAUCAAUAGUAGUGACUUUAGGAAGAGAUACCCACUGUUGUUAUUGCUGUUAAUCGGGAUCUAUUAACCUUCUUUGGGGAUCAUCAUAGGGAAUAUUGAGAGAAUAGAUCUUCAAGGGGAGUUAGGACCAUAGGUGACGGUGGAGUGUAAGGAGCAAGUGGAAUUUACCACUUCUGGGAAGGAAGCACAGGGUCCCUUCCCAAGGAAUGCAGGUCAUUUCUGCUCAACCCUUUAAGAUCAAUUCUCCCUAUACUACUAACUAGAAUUUGAUAAGGGCCACAUCCCAGUGUUUAUCUUAGCUUGCAUAAGGGCAUGUGUAUGUACACUAAAACAUGUAUUUCUGUCGUUUUUCCAAUAGCAGAAACUGAAACACACUGAAUUAGCAUGUUCUUGGGUGAUAUUUAGAUCAUGUGACAGAACUACAGACCUAAGUCCAAUGUGAGAAAUGUCUUUUUUUUUUCUUUAUGAAAAAAAAGUUUAAACACUAACGCUCCAGUAUGCACUCUCCUGUAAGAUCUGUCUCUGUACAGAACCAAGCACUUGUUUAUAUGUAUCAGUCAGUUGUGGGAGAUAAUUAACUGAACACAUAGGUUGAUUGUCCUGUACUCAGACUGCAUUGUCUUCUCUUUGGCCUAGUCACAAGGAAUUCAUAAACCUAGAUAGGAAUGUGUUUCCAUCCUCCCAGCCUGCAGAUGUAAGUGGUUACUGUAGGAGCUGACCCAAUUUAAGCCCAGAAGUGUCAGUUCUCCUUAUCUCAGCCCAAACAGGAAUUAAGAAAUAUCCCAAAUGUUGAUGUUUAUCCAAGCAUUUGGGGGUGGGCGUGGGAGGGAAGUGAUGCCCAGGAGAUGAAACUGGAGUAAGGAAUAUGUAUGUUUUGGGGCCCACCCCCCAAGUUAUUUCUACUCUCUUUGUUGUGAGUGUUGUAACACUUGAAAAACUUUUGCCAGAGCUCUUUGGGACUGGGUGUUAAAGGAACCGGUGAUCCCUCUUGGGUAGUGUUCUGUAGUGCGUUGCCAUGACCCACAGCCAUGCAGGUCUGCACCCCUUGCAAAUGACACAACCUCAAAAGUAACAAUGAAAAAAACACUCCACCAAGUAGAUGUCUUUUUGUUGCCACUCCGAUUCAAAUACAAACUUGGGCAGGGAGCAUGUUUUUUGUUCUAUACAAAAACUAGCCAACUGUGGGUAUUUCACAUUUUAAUUGUGAGAUGACGUACAUGUUCCUGAGGACUGAACUCAAAUAUGUCUUUUUCCUAUAUCAGUGUUGCUGACGGUUUUAAAGACUAUCAACGUUCUCCUGUUGUUUCUGUGCGCCACUAUGGGAGCAGCUUUGGAGUGGCCAUAGAGGACAGCAUCUCCAUGACCUAACUGUAUUUCACCCCCCUCUCCUUCCCUGCUCUCCUGCCCCACCCCCAACUUGUUCCUGCUGCUGCUUUUUGGCUUCCAAGUGCCCCAGCCACCUCUCCAGACAUGUACACUCCAGUUGGGAAAUGAAAAGGGCAAGGGACAGACCAGCUCUGUCUCGUCUCUUCCUGACAAUUGCUGCCCAUUUGCUGUGCUGAACUUUGUGUAAAGUUAUGCAUCCGACUCGCUCUGCUAAAGCUUUUUGCAUGCCUUCUCCCACAUCUCUGGCUGCUUCUGCACACACCCUCAACACAUUGUGCCUGUUUUCUAUGGUUGUGGAGAGUGAGUGAACAAGUGAGUAUGUAGAGCAGUUUUCCUUAUGGUAUUGGUCACAUAUGAUAUUGGUAUCCUAGUGUCUGUCUACAUCUGUAUAAUUCUAACAAUAUUCUAUAAUUAAAAGUAUAAUUUUUAAAAUCAAAAAGUUGAGAAUUAUUUUAGUAACCCAGCACCGAUUCAUAAAAUGGCUUUUUAUCAGAUGCAUUAAAAUUGGGCCCAAUUGAUUUUAUAUUGCUGCAUUUGUACAGGGGUUCUUGUGGAAAUUUGGAAAUACAGUGUCUUCACAUUGGUGAGCCCUCUGGAUAUUGCCAUCUUUUGGGAAAAUUCAAAGACCUGAACAGUUUCCUAUGAGGACUGGGCUAGUGGCAAAGCAACAUGGAAACAAGUUUGGUUAUGGGUGACUCAUUCAUUUUGAAGAAGGGAAACCCAUAACAAACAAUCCAAAAGGAACAAUGAGGAGAGGACUUAUUGCUUUAAGGAGAUAUGUUUGGGUGUCUGUUUAGAAUACACCAGAACAAUUUCUACUAAAUUAGUAUUAGGAUCCCAGAACAGAGAUACAG